UUUAAAAUGUCGAGUCGAGUAUAAUUUUAACCAAAUUUAGAAAAUAUUCCGUGGAUGACACGUUUGUACGCCAGGAACAAGCCGUACAGCCGCCCGGAUUGCCGCUCUCCCCCACACACACACACCGCAUAAACACUGCAGUAUUUUCACACUUGUGGUUGAGGUGAGUGGAGCCGCAGUGAAGAAGGAGGACUUUCCCCAGCUUUUUGCUUGAAUAAAACCCAGGAGUCACGAUAUGACGGACACGAAGGAGCAGUGCACCGUUUCUGUCUUCGACCAGACACCAGGCUCGGAGCAAAAGAAGAUCAAUGUGGUGGUGCGGCCACAUUUCACGGUCCAGCGUGUCAUAGAACUGAUUGGCACUCAGUUUCCCUACGGCAAAUUUGAGCUUAUUCUGCAGCCGCAUGAUGGCAAGGAUUUAGUCCACCUAAACGCCCUGGGCACUCAGCUGCUGUACGAUGUGAACGGCUUUGAGCACAAGCUGAAAAAUAAUCUGGUCCUGCUGCCCUCUGAAAGCUGGGAUAGUGAUGUGGCCAAGCGCUUCGAGCUGCCCGUAAAGAAGGCUCAGCUGUUGCUCAAUCUGCGCCCCAAGGAUCCAACCGCAAAGUCCAGCGAUACGAAGACCAAGACCUCAGCCACAGGGGAGAAGAAGAAAAAGGUGGGCGAGAAGACAAAAAAGAAGUCAUCAUCGGGCUCAUCGUCCCCAAGCAAGGCCAAAGCAACGAGCGAGGAUUCUGCUAACAGCACCAAGGCAGGGGCAAGCUCGGAAGAGAGUCCAAAGGCAAAUGGAAGCUCAGAGGACAAGCCGAAGGAAAAUGGAAGCCCAGAGGACAAGCCAAAGUCAAGCUCUAGGUCAGAAGAGAGUCAAAAAAAAAUCGGCGGCUCAGUGGAGAGUAAAAAGGCUUGCUCAGAGGACAAGCCAAAGGCCAGCUCCACUUCAGAAGAGAGUCAAAAGGCAAGCUCCAGCUCAGAGGCAAAGUCUAAGGCAAGCUCCAGGGCAGAGGCCAGGCCAAAGACCAUUGCUGAGGUCAAACCAGAGGUCGCUGCUGUUAACAGGCCAGAAGACAACUCUGACAUCAGUCCGGUACACGCAAAGUUAGUUUUCAAUGAGAAGGAUAAGCAGAAGGCCUUCAACGAUGCCUGCUACGGACUGCCCAUGGAUGCGCUAAACAAGGCGGUGGCACAUGAUCUAAUGUCGCCCGUCGACGAUUUGCCCUCGGAACUGUUCAACGUGAGUCCCGUGUCGGACGCAGAACCACUGUCGGAUGAUGAUCUGGCCCUGGGCGCCUCGGCCAGUCCCACGCUGAUGGGGCCCGGCUAUGAAUUUGGACCAGCAGUCGGUGAUGGCGAGGGGCCGGUUGGUGAGGGUGAGAAGGCAUCUAGCGGGGCAGAUGCAGGCGAGGUUCCGGGUCUGUCCAGUUUCUAUCGAAGCAAGUACGGAGGCGAAGAGCUGCCCUCGUGGCAGCGCAUGAACUCCACGGCGGCAGAGCUGGUGGCCUCCGCCACAACGGAGAGCGAGUCGCGACCCACUGCUGGACCCAAGGGAUACGUGGGUUUGGUCAAUCAGGCCAUGACCUGCUACCUGAACAGUCUACUGCAGGCGCUCUACAUGACGCCCGAGUUCAGGAACGCCCUGUACCGCUGGGAGUUCGACAACGACAACGUGGCGAAGAACAUCCCAUAUCAGCUGCAGAAACUGUUCCUCAAUCUGCAGACAUCGCCCAAGUCCUCGGUGGAGACGACCGAUCUGACGCGAAGCUUUGGCUGGGAUUCGACGGAGGCGUGGCAGCAGCACGACAUCCAGGAGCUGUGCCGCGUCAUGUUCGAUGCGUUGGAGCAGAAGUUCAAGAACACCAAGCAGGCGAAUCUCAUCUCGAACCUCUACGAGGGCAAGAUGAACGACUACGUCAAGUGUUUGGAGUGCAAUACGGAGAAGACGCGCGAGGACACCUUCCUGGACAUACCGCUGCCGGUGCGUCCGUUUGGCAGCAACUCUGCAUACGGGAGCAUUGAGGAGGCCCUGCGCGCCUUUGUGCAGCCAGAAACGCUCGAUGGCAAUAAUCAGUAUCUGUGCGAGAAGUGCAAGAAGAAGUGCGAUGCCCACAAGGGUCUGCACUUUAAGUCCUUCCCCUACAUCCUGACACUGCACCUGAAACGCUUCGACUUUGACUACACAUCCAUGAACCGCAUCAAGCUGAACGACAGAGUGACGUUCCCGCAGAAGCUCAACCUGAACACAUUCGUCAAUCGCAGUGCAAACGGCGAGCAGUAUCAAAUGAAUGGCGGCACAGCGGCAGAAGAUUGCAGCACAGCGGAUAGCGGCUCCACGAUAGAGGAUGAUAAUCUGAGCAGCGGCGUGGGGACUACUGCCAGCUCCAGUCAGCACGAGAAUGAUCUGAAUGACGAGGACGAGGGCAUCGACAUGAGCAGCAGCACCAGCAAGAGCGCCAAGCAGGGCACGGGACCGUAUAUGUAUGAGCUCUUUGCCAUCAUGAUCCACUCGGGCAGUGCCUCGGGCGGGCAUUAUUAUGCCUACAUCAAGGACUUUGACAGCAACGAAUGGUUCUGCUUCAACGAUCAAAAUGUGUCCUCGAUCACACAGGAGGAUAUUCAGCGCUCGUUUGGAGGACCCAAUGGCAGCUACUACUCCAGCGCCUACACCUCCAGCACGAAUGCCUACAUGCUGAUGUAUCGCCAGGUGGAUGGCAAACGCAACGAGCACACCGCCAAGAUGGCUGACUUCCCCGAGCACAUCAAGACGCUGCUGCCGAAGCUGCAUACAGAGGAGGAGACGCGCGUGACACGCAUUGGCCGUCACAUCACUGUCACUGAUCUGGCGCUGCCGGAUCUGUAUAAGCCGCGCGUCUACUUCUACAAUCCCUCGCUGAAGAAGCUGAAGCUCACGCGGGUCUACUUGUCACAGAGCUUUGACAUCAAACUCGUGCUUUCGUCGGCCUACGAGAUGUUGAAUGUGGAGCAAUUUGCACCCAUUGAACGGUGUCGCCUGGUGGCCUACAACUCGACCAUGGACACGAUAAUCCAAUCGCUGGAGAGCUACACCGAUCCGGCACUGGCGGAGCUGCGGGCCGCACACAAUCACAAUCUAGACUUUCUGCUGGAGUACCGGGCCGAGGAUCAGACAUUCGAAACUUACGCGCCGGAUGGCACCACUUGGUAUGUGUUUAUGGUAGAUCUAUCGACGAUGGCCAUGGACGGUCCCUUCCUGGUUUACUCAGCAGCGCGGGAUCGAGAGCCCAGUGACCAUCUGCGUCACUCCAUUGCCACGCGCCUGCACAUCAACGAGCAGCAGUUUCUGCUCGCCACCUGUCGCGGUUUGGUGCCCAAGGCUUUUGUGGUCUUCGAUCCGCAUCCGAUGCCGGAGGCGCAGCAGCAGCUACAGAAUCUGGUCAACAGCCAGUUCAAAUAUGUCACAUAUUUCUACUUGAAUGUCCCCAACACAGAUGCCGCCAGUCUCGAGAUGUUGGGCGUGCCAAGCAGCGAGUGCCGCAUCGAGCAGCCACCGCCGCCGCCGGCCAGCAACGGGGCGGAUGUUGUGGAUGCUGCCAUGUUGAACGGCGUGGGUCCCGGCUCCGGGCAGGAAUUCUCCAGCAAUGACUCUGAUUGGCGGCGCUACAAGCGGGACAUGCUGGAACCGCUGAACCAGCCGAGCCAUGGCCAAGAGUCCAAUUCGGAGGACAGCAGCCUGAGCGAUGGGGAUCGCACACUGGUGGAGAGCGACAACAUACAGAAUCGCGGUGGUGGCGACAGUCAAGUGAGCUCCACCAGCCACUCACCGCAAUUGUCUAGUCCCGAGGAUGAGGCCGCCUCCCACGAUGCCAUGAUGCGCGUGCACGCCUACUGCAAUGGCAGCUAUGCGGCCGCGGAUGCCGUGGAGCCCAUCAUGCUGCCCACGAGCACAACGCACUUCUUCCACGCCUGCAAGGUGGAGUGCGUGGAUUUGACCAGCAGCUCCAAUUCGGGCCAUCAGUCCGAUGACGAGGCACAGUUAAGGAAACCCACCCGCGCCUACAAACUCCUCGUGGGCAAGCACAUGCGGAUGCACGCCUUCAAGCAGCACAUCGAGCAGCUAAUCCAGGUCCCCAGCGCCUACUUCAAGCUGCAACGGAAGUACGAGAACAAUGACACCAACAGCCAGAGCACGGUAGUCCUACUUAACGAGGGCGAGACCCUCACAGUGGAGCUGGGCAAGACACUGCAGUCGGAUGAGUACAAGGCAAAGAUUCAGUUCCUGCGACUCGCCGAUGUGGACAAUGAAACCUCACGGCUGCCCUGCGCCUGUGAGUGGGUGUUCAACGGCAGCACCACAGUGGAGCAGGCCAAGCACGAGCUGGUGGAAAAGCUGCAUCGCAUGGAUGCCAAGUACUCGACCCUCACGGUGGACAAUUGUCGCAUCUGGCUGAAGGGCGGUCGCAGCUCCAUCAAGAUACUGGCCAACGAUGAGCCUAUGUUCAGCGACAUAAGCUCCACAGUCACCACGGAGUUUAUUGUGCAAGAGUGCGAGGAGGGUGUCGAUCCGCAGCCCAAGGAUGAUUCUCUGACCAUAUUCGUGAGGCGAUGGUGUCCCAGCAAGCUGGAGUUUGGCAAAUUCCAAGAAGUCACAUUGGAGAAGGACAGCGAGAUAAGGGAGACAUUGUCCGAGCUUAGCAGCAUCACAAUAGAAAAACUGAGCUACAUGAAGGUCAACAGUAACUUCCCCUGCACAAGCAUAUCAGCACUCAGCGUGAACGAGUCCACCAGCUGGUACUCGGUGCCGACAACCAGGGACAAGUAUCCGCUAAGCAACACACAGGCGGGCAGCAUUUUCUUAUACAAAGAUAAUAGCAUACCCGCGCGAGAGCUGACACUGGAAGAGCGACGCCAGAUGGAUAGCAGGGAGAAGGCUCGCCUGGAUCGCCUGGGCUGUGUCACCACCACACGCUACUCGCAGCGACGCGAGCGUGCGCUCAAGAUCUACGUGGACUCGCCGGAGAAGACAAACAACGCCACAGCCUCGGCGCCCAUGGAUGCGCAUGUCGAUAAUUAGUCUUGCAUGGGAAGCUGCCGCUUGCACUAGUAGAUAUUCAGCAGAACUAUAAAAUCCUCCUAUAGAUACCAGCUAAGCAAACGGCAGACUAUUAAAUCCCACACAACCUGUUAUAGUCAAGGGUCCUCCUUCUCUCAUCCUGCUUCAGUUCUAUUAUCAGCAUUGCCUACGCGUAUUUCUUUCGUUUUAUGUCAGCGGGGGAGGUCCAGCUGGGGAUGGUGGGGAGCAGUUACAAAGUUAUUCUUGCAAAUUUCGUACUAAAAGAAUUCAAAGAUGAGACUGUGUAAAAUUUCAACUAAAAACGCAAAAGAAAAUGCCAGAUGCAAGAAACCUAAAUU